AUGCGUCACAAAAAGGACGGCUUCUCUGCCAAAGGCAAGAAACACUCGAAUGCACCCCGCCACCGCCCCACCCCUCAUAACGAAGACGGAGAAGCCCUGAAUCGAAGACCGCCAUUCAAAGCAGCUUGUUGGGAUCUAGAGCACUGCGAUCCAAAAAGAUGCUCCGGGAAAAGACUCAUGCAUUUUGGGCUCAUGCGGGAGCUGUCAGUUGGGCAGAAGUUCCAAGGGGUGGUCAUAUCACCGAAUGCAAAGAAGGUUGUUUCGGCGGUAGAUAAAGAGCUACUGGAACAGUAUGGGGCAGCUGUGGUGGAAUGCUCUUGGGUCAGGAUUAAAGAGGUUCCUUGGGCCAAGAUCGGUGGAAAGUGCGAAAGACUUUUACCAUACCUUGUUGCAGCUAACUCGGUGAACUAUGGACGACCCUGGAGAUUGAACUGCGCAGAAGCCCUUGCAGCUUGCUUCUUCAUCUGCGGACAUGAAGACUGGGCACACGAAGUGCUCGCGCAUUUUUCCUACGGCGAACCCUUCCUUGAAAUCAACGCUCAGCUUCUGAAACGCUAUGCGGCCUGCGCCAAUGAAGAAGAGAUUAAGAAGGCAGAAGAAAUCUGGCUGGCUAAGAUCGAGCGCGAGUACUCAGAAAGCAGAGUCGAGGACGGUGGCACUGGCGGUGAGGACGCAUGGAAAGGAGGCAAUAUGAACCGACGACCUGUGAUCGACUCGGAUGACGAAGAUGAGGAUGAUUCGGACGCUCCGAAGAGCAAUGAUGAGGACGGCGAAGAUGGUGGGGUUGAAGUUGGUGAUCCAUUAGCGAUGUCCGACGAAGAGGAUGACGAAGAAGAAAUGGCUGAGCUUCGACGGCGAGUGCUCGCAUCAAAGCCCUUUUCGAACCCGAGCAUAGAAGACAGGAGACCGCCGGAAAAGAUUACAAGAACGGUGUCUGUUCCAGUCGAUUCAGACUCUGAGUCUGGCUCAGAUUUGGGCGACAAUGAUGCCUUCGACAACAUCAUUGAUGCGACACCAGUUACUGACCGGACCGGUAUCAAUGCCAAACAAAAAAUGCGGAGACAAGAGGAAGCAAGCGCUGUAUUCUCACGUUCUGUGGUAAACGCACCCAAGAAAUGGUAG